GAGACCGACGGAGAGAAAAAGAGACGCGCAACUCGCCUGGCGGCCCCCUUCUCCGCGCGCGCACCGGGCUUGGGGUCGCUGCCUGUUCCGAGGCUGACGGCGCGGGAUCCGUUGCUUCGCGCUGCGGGUACAGGAUUUGGGGGGAAACCACAACCUCGCCCUUCAGAUUGGGGACGGCUGCUCACGGUUUCCUCGGGAUCGAAGGGUGAAAAGUGAUUGACGCCAUCGUGAAGGGGGGCGAGAGGGAGCUGGAAGGGGCAGACCCAGGAGGUGUCACCCUAGGGUCCGAGAGGUGGAGGAUGAACGGAGAAGCGGAUAGCCCAACUGACUUAGAAAUGACGGCCCCCAAAAACCAAGACCGUUGGACCCAGGAAGAUAUGCUCACCCUCUUGGAGUGCAUGAAGAACAAUCUGCCCUCCAAUGACGGCAGCAAGUUCAAAACCACCGAAUCCCACCUGGACUGGGACAAAGUUGCCUUCAAGGACUUUUCCAGUGAGAUGUGCAAGAUGAAGUGGAAUGAAAUCUCCAAUGAGGUGAGGAAGUUCCGAACCCUGACAGAACUGAUUAUGGACGCUGAGGAGCACGUGAAAAACCCAUACAAGGGCAAAAAGCUGAAGAAGCAUCCUGACUUCCCCAAGAAACCUUUGACUCCAUAUUUCCGUUUCUUCAUGGAGAAGCGAGCAAAGUAUGCUAAGCUACACCCGGAAAUGAGCAAUCUGGAUCUCACCAAGAUACUAUCCAAAAAGUAUAAGGAGCUCCCUGAAAAGAAGAAGAUGAAAUACAUCCAAGACUUCCAGCGAGAGAAACAAGAUUUUCAGCGAAAUUUGGCAAGAUUUAGGGAAGACCACCCCGACCUCAUUCAAAAUGCCAAGAAGUCUGAUAUCCCAGAGAAACCCAAGACUCCUCAACAGCUCUGGUACACUCAUGAGAAGAAGAUCUACCUGAAAGUGCGCCCUGAUGCCACCACGAAGGAGCUGAAGGAUUCGUUGGGCAAGCAAUGGUCUCAGCUCUCGGACAAAAAAAGGCUGAAAUGGAUUCAUAAGGCUCUGGAGCAGCGGAAGGAGUAUGAGGAAGUGAUGCGGGAUUAUAUCCAGAAGCACCCAGAGAUGAACUUUGAGGAAGGUGCGCCCCCUCGCUCCACCCUGACUAAAGCGGAGAGGCAGCUGAAGGACAAGUUUGAUGGGCGACCCACCAAGCCGCCUCCGAAUAGUUACUCGCUUUACUGUGCUGAACUGAUGGCAAACAUGAAAGAUGUCCCAAGCACAGAACGGAUGGUGCUCUGCAGUCAGCAGUGGAAGCUCCUUUCCCAGAAGGAAAAAGACGCCUACCACAAAAAGUGUGAUCAGAGAAAGAAAGAUUAUGAAAUUGAGCUCUUGCGUUUCCUGGAGAGCUUACCUGAAGAAGAACAGCAGAGGGUUCUGGGAGAGGAGAAGAUGCUGGGAGUAAACAAGAAAGGUGCCACCAGCCCUGCCUCUAAAAAGACUUCACCAGAUGCCAGCAAGGGAGGUUCUGAGAAACCCAAACGGCCCGUUUCUGCUAUGUUUAUCUUCUCGGAGGAGAAACGCAAGCAGCUGCAGGAGGAGCGACCCGAACUGUCGGAGAGCGAACUGACCCGGCUGCUGGCGCGGAUGUGGAAUGAUCUUUCAGAGAAAAAAAAGGCCAAGUACAAAGCUCGCGAGGCUGCCAUGAAAGCUCAGACAGAAAAGAAGCAUGGUUCCGACAAGGAGGAUCGCGGCAAACUUCCUGAGUCACCAAAAACAGCUGAGGAGAUCUGGCAGCAGAGUGUCAUUGGAGAUUAUCUUGCUCGCUUUAAGAAUGACCGAGGGAAAGCACUAAAAGCCAUGGAAGCCACUUGGAACAACAUGGAGAAGAAGGAGAAGCUGAUGUGGAUCAAGAAGGCAGCAGAAGAUCAGAAACGAUACGAGCGAGAACUGAGUGAGAUGAGGGCGCCACCAUGCACAACAAAUUCCUCCAAGAAGAUGAAAUUCCAGGGUGAGCCGAAGAAACCCCCCAUGAACGGGUAUCAGAAGUUUUCUCAGGAGCUGCUUUCAAAUGGUGAACUUAACCAUCUUCCUCUGAAGGAGCGGAUGGUGGAGAUCGGAAGCCGCUGGCAGCGCAUCUCUCAGAGCCAAAAGGAACAGUACAAGAAGUUGGCCGAAGAGCAGCAGAAACAGUACAAAGUACACCUGGAUAUGUGGCUCAAGAGUUUGUCGCCACAGGAGAGAGCUGUGUACAAGGAACAUACCUCCAAUAAACGCAAGAACAUGGGGAAGAUGCGAGGCCCAAAUCCUAAGAUGAAGCCCUCGGUGCAGUCCAAGUCAGAAUCUGAGGAUGAGGAUGAGGAUGAUGACGACGACGAUGAUGACGAUGAAGAGGAAGAGGAGGAGGACGACGACAAUGCUGACUCCUCUGAGGAGGGAGGGGAUUCCUCUGAUUCAAGUAGUGAAGAGGAGAGCGAAGAUGGGGAUGAGAAUGAAGAAGAGGAUGAUGAAGAGGACGACGAUGACGAUGAUGACAAUGAAUCUGAGGGCAGCAGCAGUUCCUCGUCCUCCUCAGGAGAUUCUUCUGAUUCGGACUCCAAUUGAACCAUCCCCUUUCUCCAGCCGCCUUUCUUGCUGUACUCUAUUCGGUUUUGUUUUUCCGGAUAAAAGUAACAUCUACAGCUGGAGAGCUAGGAUGGGGAGGAAAGGGAGGAAGGAAAUCACUGUGGUUUAAUUAUCUUCCUCUCCUCGCAUACCUCACAUUGUAUUUAACUGUGUGUGGUUGUGUGUGAGGGGAGCAGGGGGGUAGAAAAUAGCUGACAACCAGCGGAGGGUUUUUUUUGUGGCGGUGGUGUGGGGAGAGAAUUUUUAUUCUAUACUCCUCUCUUAUUCCUCCCCCCCUCCUGAAUCUCUCUGGGGGUUCCCCCCCUUUUUGUUGAGGUGGGCAGGGUCCUGGCAAAAUACAGGCCCCUUUUUAUUUCCUCCCCCCUCACAUAUCUACCCCCCCCGCCCACCCCCAAUUCUAUCCACCAGCUUUGGACUUUGUACAAAUUCUUUUUUUAAAAAAACAAAAAACCAACAUGGCAAUGAGAGAUUUCCCCACCCCCUUAGCAAACAGCCAGGGAGAGAUGGGUUCCAGAGAGCACGAGCCAUGGAAGGUUCUGGACUUUGCCAGUGUGACCCACCUCUCCUCAAAGUGGACAAUCUUGUACAGUCUUGAAAUUUUACACCUUGACGAAAGAGAACAAAAUGGCCACAGCUGCACUUAGUUAUUUCCUGUGAUGAACUGGAUAUCCAGCAAACGUUUCCUGCUGAAGGAAACGGGAUGGGAGGGUAUAUUUCACGUGAGUGCAUGGCAAGGGUCAGGGAAUAGAAAAGGAACUGAAGAAAAGGAUUUCUUUUGCAGAGAGAAUAUCUGACUGGUUUGCUGUCGCAGGAGAAAAGAAUUUUGGGAGCUCCAAGGUUUCUGACUUUAUUUUGCAGGAGGUGGACUUUUUCUGUCGUUUUUCUGACCAGCAUUUAAACAAAGACAGUAGUGGCCAGACCCCUUUGGGUUGUUGUUGUUGUUAAUAUAUAUAUUUUUUUUUACAAUGAAGUGACCAAUAAUUGUACCAAAAUGGGGCAUUUUGUUUGACUGUCUUUGGAAGCGGGAGGUUGGUUGUGGGUGGGAUCCUCUGUGUCAUUAAGCUUCUUUUUUUCAAAAAAAAAAAGUUUUAUAAACAAAGUGAGACAACCAUCUUUUUUACAACUAAAUUAUCCCAUCUUUGAGAUUGAGUACGUCAUAUGUCUCUUACCCUUAUGCAGAGGCUGGGAUCUUGGGAGUCGAUGGGGUUUGUAUAUAAGAGGCACAUAGAUUCCCCUGGCCCCCUAGCAUGCCUUGGUUUUAUUCAGGCUGCAUGUGUUCAUUCAACUUUGGGCAGAGGAAUGAUGCCAAGAAGAGAAUUAUCCCAGCCACCAAGAAGCAUAUUUCUUAGCCUCUUCUGUGGGGAAUAGAAAAGGAAAGGAAAUUCCAGUACCAACUUUGUGUUUGCCCUGUAAAUGGCAUCAGAGCUAGUAGACAUGCUAUUUGGGGGUUAGGUGGUGGUGGUUGUAAAAAAAAGAAAAAGCAGCAACCACACCUCCUUUUCCCUUGUAAGAUGCCUGAUCAUACAAAACAUCACCAUGCCACAAAUUCCCCUACCCAUUCUCCCAGGAGUAACUAAAGGGGCAGGGAAAUUUGCAGCUUGGUGAUUUCAAGAAACACUUUGUAUGACUAGACAUUACUGGGCAAAAGGAAGGGCUAGAACUACAUGGCUGCUGCUUCCAAGGGAAUGUGUCUCCUGUAAUGUUUAGUUCCAGCCUGAAAAAAGAGCAAGAAAGUAUUACCUUGUUUGGAUGUAAAACUAAGAUGUGUGUUAGCUCUACUUGAGCAAGCCUUGGACGUGUAAGCUUUCCCCUUGCUGUGAAGAGAUCAGAAACAUUUGUUUCCUUAUUUAAUUAACCAUGGUUAUUUCUUAUGUCCAAAUGUGGACAAACUGGUUUAACUUUGCUUUACGGAAACAAGCCACAAUUGGAAAUCAUGGUCUGUGAUCCUGGCUUGUUUCCCUAAACCAUAGUUAAGAUUUGCCAUAAUAUUAAACCAUGGUUUAUUGCAAACAGAGAAGAGAGUUUCUAAUCUCACAGUGGAAGAAAGAGGAAGGGGGCAGAUGCAUGAGCCUGAGACUUGUUCGCAUAAUGUUGAUACACAGUUUAGCAUAAUGUCCAAACUAGAUCAGUACAAAUUAAAUUGGCAUUGGUGAUUUUCUCAGAAAAACAAGCUGGUAUGUUGCAUCUUGCUAUCUAAUUGGACAGGUGGUAUUUAGGCAAGGCUCCUUUUGCUUCUUCCCAUCUGUGUUUCCUGUCCUUCUGUUUCUUUAAUAUUUUACAUGCAAAACAUAAUUUAGUUUAUGAGAGCAUGCAUCCCUGACUAGCCUUUAUUUUUACAUUCUUUGGACGAUUACCUGCUCUAAUAAUAUGACAAGGAAUUUCUCAUUUUUAAGGUCAGAUCCUGCGACUAGUGGCUUGUAGCCCCAAUUUGGCCUGCAAGCUGGUUCUGUACUAUAUCUUGGCUCUUCAGUGCCCUUCAUAGCACCGUGUCUUCUGUUGACAAGCAAAAUGAGAAUUUUGCAAAACAAACUUCAAAUGCAUUGUAGUUUACAGAAUUCCUUGUUUCCCCUUGAAAUAUACUUUGGAUUUUUAUUUUUAAGCAUACCCACCAGAAAAAGUACACACACACUCUUUUUAUCCCUCCCCCCUUGUGGAAAUUGAACACAUGGCUUGGUGCUUUGCCGAUCUCUUUUGGGUAAGUCUGGAAACCUCAUGAAGGAAACAUGGUCUUCUAAAGAAAGACUUGGCUUCUAGCACUGCAGAUACUCCCCUGGAGGGUAGCUGGACCAUUUGAGAAUGCAGUCGAGAGAGGGAGUUACAAAGGGCACUGAAGACCCUUCCAGAUGCUGGACCACAGCUCUCAUCAUCCCUGAUCGUUGGCCAUGCUGGCUGGGGUUGAUGGGAGUUGGAAUCCAGCUACAUCGGGAAAGCCACAGGUUAGUCAAAUCCGAUUUACAGGAUAAAAAAAUCUUAACGGCAGUAUUUCCCAUUUAGUCUGCUUUUCUCUAUCAGUUCACUGUCUCUUGCAAUGUCUUGCUGUGCCAAAUGUAUUCCUUCUCUUUGUGCAUCUUGGCCCCCCAGUUGCCCUUUUGAAGUGUGCUGUUCAUCCGUUCCAUCACUGGGAAGAGUCCAGUUGCUAAAUAAUCUUAUUUUGAACCAGCAACUCAAAUAAAUACAAAAGUCUCCCACUAUUGCAAAAUGCCUUGGGAGGACCUACAGGCUUCAAGCAUUGGAACUUUCCCUACCCUUUGCUAGCAUUUCUAGUUUUUUUAAAAAACACCCACGUCAUCUUGGGUAGCAAACUGUCAAAACUAGCCACAGGAAUGAUAUUAAACUUACAUACACCUGAUUACAGGCACCACUGGAACCUGUGUAAAUCUGGUUCCAUUGAAAUCUUGAGUGGCUCUUGGUGGCUGUAUUAAUUUAGGAAAGAGUAUUUUGCAUUGUGGGAAUGACUUGACUGAAUAACAUGCAAACGUUCCCAUAACGUACCUUGAGAAGUGCAAGUGAGAAUCAGUUUUCCACUGUACUUUCAUUGGAAUGAACAACUUACUUCCAUGAGCAUUGACAUAUUGCAAAGCACAUCAGUCUUGUUUAUGAAGAGAAGUGCACCAUCACGUAUGGGAGUGUGUUUUUGUGUGCAUGCAGUUGUUGUGGGAAUAGUUCAGACAAGUCAAGAUUUUCCUCUGUCUUUUUUGUUUGUUUAUGUUUUAGGUACAUAUUGGUCUGGGUUGCUUUGGGUUGAACUCUUGGAGGCAAAGCAACAGAAAUAUGUUGUCUUUGGACAAGCGGUCAAUCUCAAUAGCCCUUUGGCUUUUCUGGCUUGGUAUAAAAUACCAGUAACACAUCCAAGCAGGGAUUUACUGAAUAACACCAGAUCAUUUAGAGCAAAAGCUCUUCAGGGAAAAAGAAACUUACCUGAGAACAUAGGAAAUCAAUUAAUGCACAAUACACAUGAAAAUGGGUAUUUUUGUGCCCUUGAAUAGUACUCAAACGGUUAUUAGUUUUUUGUGGAUUCAGUACACUUGAAAAACCUCCAAAGAUCUUGCAGACUUGAAAAGAUAUUAUUAAGUACAUGUAAUCAAAACUAAAACCUUUGAAGUUGAUAGAAAUGCCACUCAG